AUCGCACUUGUAGGUCAGAACCCAUAAACAACUAGACGUACAACAAUUAUUAAUAGAGCAAGCGCGCGCCUUUCAAAGUUUUGGUUUCUCUCAGAUACACGCGCGAACACCGCUCGCUACCAGUCUAACGCAGGUUCUUCCACCGGCACGCAGAAGUGACUUAAGUCGAGAAAGCCGCAAGUUCUUCCUUACUGAAUCGGCUGUUAUGACCUGAAAUCGUUCAUCUUUCACCUUUCUUCUUCGCAAUGACGGCGACUUACGAAUAUCGAGGCAGGCAGGAGAGCAUGGAGACUGUCAGAUCUUUGUCGCCUAAACGCGACUGUUUUCCCGAGAGGGACUACGACAUCGAUGAUUUUUCCAUUCUGAAGACGAUUGGGACAGGAACGUUUGGCAGGGUCCUGCUGUGCCGCAACAAAUUAACAGACCAAUACGGUGCCAUGAAAAUAUUGUGUUUAUCGGAUGUCAUCCGACUGAAGCAGGUGGAACAUGUGAAAAACGAAAAGCAUAUACUGGAGGAGAUCAAGCAUCCUUUCAUCGUUAACAUGUUGUGGUGCGAUCGAGAUGACAUCUGUAUAUACAUGCUGUUCGAGUACGUAUGUGGUGGGGAGCUCUUCUCUUACCUCCGAAAUGCGGGUAGAUUUGGUGUGAACACUGCGAUUUUUUAUAGUUCAGAAAUAAUACUAGCGUUAGAAUAUUUACAUAGUAAGAGUAUAGUGUACAGAGACUUGAAGCCGGAGAAUUUAUUGCUGGAUAGAGAGGGCCAUUUGAAGAUAACCGAUUUCGGUUUCGCCAAAAAGCUGACAGACAGGACAUGGACUCUAUGUGGAACACCUGAAUAUCUGGCGCCGGAAAUCAUACAGAGUAAAGGACAUAACAAGGCUGUGGACUGGUGGGCACUAGGUGUUCUUAUAUACGAAAUGCUGGCCGGUUAUCCUCCGUUCUACGAUGACAAUCCUUUCGGAAUAUACGAAAAAAUCCUUGGAGGGCGGAUAGAAUGGCCGAAGCAUUUUGACCCCGUUGCAAAGGACCUCAUAAAGAAACUUCUAGUGCAGGACAGGACCAAAAGGCUUGGCACUAUGAAGAGCGGGGCUGAUGACAUAAAAAGGCACAGGUGGUACAAGGGACUAAACUGGCAUGAAGUUCUGAAUAGAAAAUUGGAGCCUCCUAUUCUGCCCAAAGUUUCAUCAGAUAGUGACACAAGCAACUUCGACGACUAUCCUGAGGGCGAUUGGAAAUCAGCAAGAGCACUUGAAGAUGGCGAAUUGAAACAGUUCGAAGAUUUUUGAAAGGGAAUACCUUCGAGAUGAAGGUAAAGCGUUUUAUUAGGAAAUAGCUCAGAUUGAGGCGGAUUGAGAAAUAGAGAGCUCAAAGCCAUAUCAAGUGCCGCUAAAAUUGGCUUAGAAAAUCAGGAUUCUGAAUCUUUUUUAUAAUAACACAUCCAUAGUUUUUAAGGGUUGCCUUUAUUAACGUUUGAAGUCUAAAUACUGUGAUAUAAUAAUAAAAUGAAUGUUGAGAUUUGUUGUUUUUAGAACUUAGUGUCAUGGCUAGUGGAGUAAAGUCAAUAUAUGUUUGAAAUUAUCUUAUUCAUUUAUUGAAUGUAUAUUGUUGUCCUCUGAACUGCCAAAUGAAUGUUUGUAUAUUUUUGUCUUUUAUAGAAACCACUUUUUUAAUAAAUUGCCACAAACAAA